GCUCAAGAGGCUCAAUGCCUCUUGCACCAUGAGAUGUACUGGCUUUAACGUUGCACUUGGUUGGAUGCACUUUUUCCUUCACUCAAGGUGUGCACUUUAGGUGCUUGAGAGAAAAAGUUUGGUGGAAGGAGAAGGGACAACUUUAGUAGGCCAGCUCUAGUAUUCUAAGAGAUUAUGGCUUCGCUAAGGAUAAUGAAACUGUAAAACUCAUCUCAAUAAGUGAUAAGUUAUCCUUGAAGGUAAAAAUGAUAAAGAGACGAUACUACAAGAUUGAUCAUGGAGAUCGGGAUGAUGCCUCAGAUUCAUCUUCAUCAUCCUCUGACUUUGACCAGGAAGCUGAAGCCACUGAAGAAUCAGAAGAACAAGUGAUACCAACUGCGAAUGAUGAUAAUGAAUCUGGCUCCACAUCCUCUGGUUACAAAAGUGAGGACAGCUCUGCCAAUGACAUUGAUGUCAACUCAACAGGUCAGCUAUUUAGUGAAGAUGAUGCUGAAAAAAUUGACGGAAGAAAGGUUACUGCUAAUGCAGAGCUGUUUGGCAAACAUCAUUCUGAAGUAUCAGUGAGAAAGUCUAAUAUCGACGGUGAACAGAAAUGCUUGCCAGAAGAUAUCCCAUCCCAUAUCUUAAAAUGCAAAUCAGUUUUCAAGUGCAGAAUUUGCCCUAGGAUUAUCUGUUUGUCUGAAGAGACUUUGAGGGCUCAUUUACAAUCAAAGAGGCAUGCUCGAUCCCAGAAAUUACUCAGCGAAGGGAGAUUGAAGGCCAUGCUGAACAGUGAUGGUGAAAUUGAGAACCUAGAGGUUUCAGAGACGCAAACUAAUACAACGGAUAACCCAGAAAAGAAUAGCGAAGGACAGAAGCAGAACAAGAAGAAAUUGAGAAAGAAGAAAAGAGACAACGCAAACAGAAGAAAAAUAGGGUCAAAAGAGGGCCCUGCCAAGAGAAGAAAAAAAUGAUAACUGUUGUAUUUUAUGCUGUUACUUGUUGAGCAAUUUUGCCGGCUGCAAAUAGUUGCAGACCUAUAUGGUCUUGCAUAUGUUGAUUUUUUUUUUUAAGAAAAUUAUAAUUCUAAUACUAAUACCACAAUACUUGUUUUUUUCUGGAGACUUUUUUUAAAUCUAAUGCCCCAGAUUGGCAAAUUUUGUGUUC